GCCGCCCCGGAGCGGGCGGGAGGGAGAGGUAUCGGAGUCGCUCACCCUGGUCUCCGGGCUCCUGCGGCGGUUGCAGGACGCGCUCCAGCUCGGGGAAGGGCAGCUCAGACUUCGGUUCAACUUUGUGAUGUCUUCCCCUGAAAUUGCUUCCCUUUCUUGGGGUCAGAUGAAGGUGAAAGGCUGCUCUAUAACAUAUAAGGACUGCAAAGUAUGGCCAGGAGGAAGCCGGACGUGGGAUUGGCGAGAAACUGGGACUAAUCAUUCUCCAGGAGUGCAGCCAGCUGACCUUGAAGAAGUCGUCAGGAAGGGUGUUAAAACUGUGGUGAUUGGUCGUGGCAUGAGUGAGGCUUUGCAGGUUCCAGCAUCCACUGUGGACUAUCUGAAGAAGAACGGGAUUGACGUGCUGGUGCUGCAAACGGAGAAGGCGGUGGCCGAGUACAAUGCCUUGGCUGCUCAGGGUGUCAAAGUGGGCGGGGUCUUCCAUUCCACCUGCUGAAGCGCGGCUCAUUCCGCGUUCCCGGCCCGCAGCCAAAUCACAGACACACCUCUGCUGAAUCCAAUUACACUCAGCAGAGCGUGAACUUACGUGCCAAGGCAUUUGUGCACUGACAAUCUAAAAUGCAAGGACAGUUUAUUAGUUCAGGAUUUAAACAAAUCGAGGGCUCACAAAAGGUGGGGCUGUUAAUAAAAUUGUUUAAUUACAGAAUCA